CUACCGCGUUUGCAACCUAUUAUUCUCUAUGACCUAGCAACAACGGCCGAAGCCACGCCGAAGGUGUUCAGUGGUGGAAGGUCUUUUUCGUUCUUCGGGGUAGCCGAGCAUCACAGCAGAAAAAAGAGGGAAAGAAACAUGUGCGCGCUCUUUGCGAUAAAGACAUGCUUCCACGCUCGUAAAUUUUCACCGUUCUUUAGAAGGAGCUCGACGUCAACUAUUUUCGCGCUUUCGUCUGGUUCAAUACGGAGUGCAUUAGCUACAGUCAGGGUCUCUGGUCCGCACGCCGCAGCUGUGCUUCGUCGCAUCGCAAACCUGAAGCAACCGAUACCGCGAAAAGCUCUUUUGCGGAGACUCGUGCACCCUUGCUCGGGCGUUCAUCUCGACACUGCUAUUGUGCUGUGGUUUCCAUCACCUCACAGUUACACUGGUGAAGACUGUUGUGAGCUACACGUCCAUGGAGGUGUUGGAGUUGUCAACGCAGUAUUGGGUGCCUUGUCGCACAUUGAAGGCAUAAGACAUGCAGAGCCAGGCGAGUUCACAAAGAGAGCUUUCAUGAACGGCAAAAUGGACCUAGCAGAAGUUGAAGGUUUGGCUGAUUUGCUAAAGGCCGAGACAGAAGCCCAGAGGGUGCAGGCAUUGGCACAGAUGGAAGGUAGCCUUAGCAAGCUAUACAAGCAGUGGACACAUGAUCUCAAAAUGUGCCUCGCAAAUGUUGAAGCCUUUAUUGACUUCAGUGAGGACCAGGGAAUCGAAGAGACCAUACUGGAUUCUGCCGCAGCACAGGCGGAGAAACUGGCUACAGAAAUCCAGAUUCAUCUGCUGGACGGGCGGCGUGGUGAAAGACUACGAGAUGGUGUAAAGGUUGCCAUUAUUGGCCGGACCAAUGUUGGGAAGAGCAGCCUGUUCAACGCCUUAUGUCAGAGGGAUGCAGCCAUAGUAUCACCCAUUGCAGGAACAACCAGAGAUGUAAUUGAGAGCACACUGGAAAUUGGUGGUUACCCUGCUGUAUUCUCCGACACUGCAGGCCUUCGCCACAGUAAUGACCCUGUUGAAUGUGAAGGAAUUCUGCGUGCCCAACACUGGGCAGCUAAUGCGGACCUGGCACUCAUAGUGGUGGAAGCGAGGGAAUUGCUUCAACUCAAGCCCACAACUGAUUUCAUUGACGACCACCUGAAGGAACUAGGUGUAGAGUCAUGUGCUCAGCACCGCCUCAUCAUCUUCAACAAGCUGGAUCUUUUGUCUGAGGAUGAGCAGGUCGCAGUUGAGCAGCAUGCUAAGAGCAUGUGCGUUGACAACUGCUUCACUUCGUGCACAACACAGCAAGGCAUAAGUGACCUAGUGAAGAUUCUUGGGGGACAUCUUGAAGACUUAUGUGGCAAGCCAGCAGACUUGAGCCCCACUUUGACUCGGGAGAGACACAGAAGGCAUCUGGACCAGUGCUUGAAGCAUCUGAAACUGUUCAGCACAGAGGUGCGACACGACUCUGUCAUAGGUGCCGAGCACUUGAGGAUUGCACUUUCUAACCUGGGCAGAAUAACGGGCCGGGUUUUCACAGAGGAAAUACUUGAUGUUAUAUUCAGAGAUUUCUGCAUAGGAAAGUAACUUUGUAUGGUGGCGUGUUCACAAGCUGUGGCAAAAAGGAGGAGGACAAUAAAUUGAGUAUAUAUACAAAAAGAAGGUUGUGUACGAUGCUUUAGGUGCAUGUUAAAGAACCUGAGGUGGUUGAAAUUAUUCUGGAGCCUUCCCACUAUGGCAUCUUUGACUGUGUAUUCCUUUGAAACAUUUGGUCAUAUUUAAUUUUAAUACUAUGGCAUCUUUGACUGUGUAUUCCGGUCAUAUUUAAUUUUAAUACUGAGUUAACUUUUGGGAACUAUAGCAGUCUGUAGCUGUUAGAUUGUGCUAUAUUACAUUGCAUACAGUAAUAUUGUACAGAGCUUAGAUACGUUAACAGGAAUGCAUGAAUGCAUGCCCGAAGCGUAAGUCAAGAUACAGUGCACUCUCUCAGCCACUCAUCACUACAUACAGGUGCGGACAAUUUGGUCUGGCCACACUGUGCGAUGAUGCUUGCCGUACUGAGAUAGUUUUGCAUCUGUUUUAUUUUCCUUGAUUUGAAAAUGAGAAAACAAAAAGAAAAGGAAAAGGCUAAACAAUCACAGUAAGGUAAGCAUCCUUGCACCUUGGGGGCACACCGGACGUGUGCGCCUGUCUUUGGCGGUGACUGGCUGAUGGGGCACAAUGUACCUUCAGUUAUGCUUUGGCCAUGCAUUCACACAUUCCUGUUAUCUGAGCUCUUCUUGCUUUUCUUUGUUCACAUUAGGAAUCUUUGCUGCCAAAAUUAUCCCAUAAAAAUCAAUCUUCCAUCUCUUGUGAUCGUCUGUUGAGUUCCUCAUUGUGGGUCAGUGCUUGAGACAAGAUGUCUCUUUUUAAAAGCUACAUGUCCAGAGACGUUUAUGCGCACUACAGCGGCCCAGGAACUAUGGCAUCCUGCUGCCAAGCACAAGUGCACAAGUUGGAUAUCUGCCUGCAGUGGCCUCAUUUCAAUUUGGGUGCAAUGCAAGACCACUUGUGCAUUAAGC